UUUAGGAUGUAGUCAUCAGUAUCACUCCUCACUUGCAAAACAAAAAUCUCUAUUUCUAGCUCACAUAAUCUGCUCAUAUCAUUGAAGCAAGGGGAGGAGAACGAAAUGGAGCUCAAUGAUGAAGAAGAUUAUAAACUUUACUGGGAAACCAUGUUCUUGGAAAAUGAAGAACUUGAACUUGAUAGUUGGGGAUUUGAUGAAGUACCCAUUUCCAGCUACUGCGAUUUGAGUUUGUUGGACAGAGCGGUGUCGUCUCCUCCGGUAACUACAAAACACAUAGUUUCGGAGAGAAAUCGAAGGAAGAAACUCAAUGAGAGAUUACAUGCACUAAGAACUCUAGUUCCUAAGAUUAGCAAGGUUGACGAAGAAGAGAAAGAUGAACUGAAAAUGAAGAUAGAAGCAGCACUUGCAAAGUCCUAAUUUGAGUUUCUAAUCUCACCAUUAACUCACUGGUUUCUACACUUGUGGAUUUUCUUAAGUUUUUUCUUCCCAAUAUCAGCUCGAUUGAUUGUGCUUCUUUCGCAUAGAAGAAAAGUUGAUUUGUAGGAGUUUAAAUUACUUCCAU